GCUGCUGCUGAGGCACUUACUGUGUCCGACGAGACUGAACGAAGCAUGAAGGUAAAGUGGAUGGCCGCGCCGGGUAAAGUCAUCAACUACCGAGUGACCUACACGCCCACCGCUGGGGGCAAAGAGAUGGUCGCUAGGGUUCCCGGCACCUCCACCUCCACCGUGCUGAAGCGCCUGAAGCCCAUGACCACCUAUGGCAUCAAGGUGCACCCCAUUUACAAGCGGGGAGAAGGAAAAGCAAGGCAAGGAGUAGGAACGACACUGUCACCUUACAAAGCUCCCAGAAACCUACAGACCUCAGAGCCCGGCAAGAACAGUUUCAGAGUCUCCUGGGACCCAGCUCCAGGAGAUGUUCGUGGCUACAAGGUCACCUUCCACCCCAGUGGCAAUGAUAUCGACCUGGGAGAGCUGCUGGUUGGGCCCUAUGACAACACUGUGGUGCUUGAAGAGCUCAGGGCCGGAACAAAGUACUCUGUGACUGUGUUUGGAAUGUUUGAUGGAGGCCACUCUGCAGCACUGGCUGGAGAGGAGAAGACUACCCUCUCCGACGCCCCCGAUGUGCCAUUGGAAUCUUGGAACGAGGCCAAGUGUAAGAGCCAGGCCAAGGCUGACAUCAUCCUGCUGGUCGAUGGCUCAUGGAGUAUUGGCCGUCUCAACUUCAAAACCAUCCGAGCCUUCAUCGCUCGUAUUGUUGGUGUAUUUGACAUCAGCCCUGAGAGAGUCAUGAUCGGUAUGGUUCAGUACAGUGGAGACCCCAAGACUGAGUGGCAUCUGAAUGCCCACCCAACCCGUGACGGGCUGCUCAAAGCUGUGGCUGACCUGCCCUACAAAGGGGGAAACACCAUGACAGGUAUGGCCUUGAACUACAUCCUCCAGAACAACUUCAAGCCCAACGUGGGACUGCGUAAAGACGCACGCAAGAUCGGUGUGCUCAUCACUGACGGCAAGUCGCAGGAUGAGAUUAUCACCAACUCCCAGGUGCUGAGGGACGAAAACAUCGAGCUCUACGCCAUCGGUGUGAAGAACGCUGAUGAGAAUGAGUUGAGGUCCAUUGCCUCAGACCCAGAUGAGAUUCACAUGUACAAUGUGAAUGACUUCUCCUUUCUGCUGGAUAUAGUGGAUGAGCUCACCAUCAACCUCUGUAACAGUGUGAAGGGUCCAGGAGGAGGCUUGGAGCCGCCUACUAACCUAGUGACUUCUGAGGUGACCCACCACUCGUUCCGUGCCACCUGGACAGGGCCCGAAGGUCCAGUGGAAAAGUAUCGCAUCGAAUACAUGUCCGUGGCGGGAGGAAUCACUGAACAGAUAAUUGUCGAUGGGACGGUCACCACUGUGGUCCUGACCAAGCUGACACCUCUGACCGAGUACGUGGUCAACGUUUUCUCCGUGACUGGAGAAGAGACCAGCGCAGAGCCACUGAAGGGCACUGAAACCACCUUACCCUUGCCACUAUCGGGUAAGCUGCAUAUCACUGCUGUCACCCAUAGCACCAUGAAGCUCAGAUGGGACGCCUCCCCGGGGAAAGUCCUCAAGUACAUCAUCACCUACAAGCCAGAGGACGGAGAGCUCAAAGAGGUUGAAGUCAAUGGAGUUAUAACAUCCCUGCCUCUUGCCAACCUCAUCUCUCAAUCUGAGUACGAUGUUGCUGUCACCCCAGUUUACGACGCAGGUGUUGGAAACCCAAUGCUUGGACAAGCCAUUACAGAUGUUGUUCCUGCCCCGCAGAACCUGAAGUUGUCCGAGGUGACCCAGACCUCGUUCAGGGCCACAUGGGAACACGGGGCCCCUGACGUGGCCCUCUACCGAAUCGGCUGGACCAAGAAGGGAGAGAACAACUUCCAAUAUGCUAUCCUGAACAGUGAUGAAACGUCCCAUUAUCUGGAGAACCUGGACCCGGACACCCUGUAUGAUGUCACCGUCACGGCCAUCUACCCAGACGAGUCAGAGAGCGAGGACCUGAUUGGCAGCCAGCGCACAUUGUUAAAGAUGACUACAGCUGCUCCCACUGGACCUCCCCAGAACCUGCAGGUGUUCAAUGCGACCACGGUCACUCUGACAGUGAAGUGGGACCACGCCCCAGGCCCCGUUCAGAACUACAAGAUCUCUUUCCAACCUGUAGCUGGAGGCAAAGCUCUCUCGACCCAGGUGGGAGGAAAGAAGAACAGUGUAAUCCUCCAGAAGCUGACGCCUGACACUCCCUACUCUGUUACCGUGGCAGCUAUCUACCCCAGCGGAGAGGCCAAAGACAUCUCAGGUCAAGGAAAGACCAAGCCUCUGGGUGGAGUGAAGAACCUGCAGGUGACCAACCCCACCAUGACCACUCUGAACGUGAAAUGGCAGGCGGCCGAGGGGAAAGUGAAAGAAUACAAAGUCAUCUAUGUACCUGCUGCCGGUGGAGCUGAGAGCAUGGAGACUGUAGCUGCCACUACCACCACCACUGUUCUGAAAGGCCUCCUUCCAGACACCCUCUACACUGUCUCACUGGUGCCGGUCUACGAAGUGGGAGAUGGACAGAAACAGUCUGAAAAUGGAAAGACAAAGUCUCUUGGUGGAGUGAAGAACCUGCAGGUGACCAACCCCACCAUGGUCACAUUGAACGUGAAAUGGGAGGCGGCCGAGGGGAUAGUCAAAGAGUACAAAGUCAUCUAUGUACCUGCUGCCGGUGGAGCUGAGAGCAUGGAGACUGUGGCUGGGACCAACACAGUCCUGAAGGGCCUCACACCCGACACCAUCUACACCGUUUCAGUGGUGCCUGUCUACGACGUGGGAGACGGCAAGAAAAUGUCUGAGAACGGAAAGACAAGGCCUCUUGGUGGAGUGAAGAACCUGCAGGUGAUCAACCCCACCAUGACCACCCUGAACGUGCGCUGGGAGCCAUUCGAAGGGAAAGUCAAGGAGUACAAAGUCUUCUAUGUACCUGCUGCCGGUGGAGCUGCUGAAGCCAUGGAAACUGUGGCUGCCACUGCCACCAGCACUGUCUUGAGAGGCCUCCUGCCAGACACUCUCUACACUGUCUCACUGGUGCCUGUCUUCGCAGAGACAGAGGGCAGGAGGCAGUCUGAGAACGGAAAGACGAGACCGUUGGGUGGAGUGAAGAACCUGAAGGUGACUGAACCCACCAUGACCUCUCUGAAGGUGGACUGGGACCCAGCGGACGGAGCCGUGCGGCAGUACAAGAUCUUCUUCGUCCCUGUGGCUGGAGGAACACCAGAGGAAAUGGAGCAAGUACCUGGAAGCACCACCACCAUCGUUCUGAGGAACCUCAAGCCUGACACACCUUACACAAUAUCAGUGUUACCUAUCUACCCCGCCAGAGAGGGGAAACGCCAGGCUGAGAAUGGAAAGACGCUGCCUUUGGGUGGAGUGACCAAUCUGCAGGUCACCAACCCUACCCACACCACCCUCACCGCCAGCUGGGACGCAGCCGACGGCAAUGUGCAGGGCUAUAAAGUCAUCUACACUCCGGUGGCAGGUGGCCUUGAGAUCAUUGAGCAAGUCUCAGAGAGCACAACCACCACAAUUCUGAAGAGCCUCUCACCUAACACACAGUACACAGUCACUGUUCUGCCAGUGUACCCCGAGGGGGAUGGGCAGACCCAGGCCAAAGAUGGAACAACAAAGCCCCUGGGCUUCGUGAAGAACCUGCAGGUCAUUGAACCCACCACCAGCACCCUGAAAGUGCGCUGGGAUGCAGCUGAGGGGAACGUGCGCGAGUACAUCAUUGUCUACAUCCCAACUGCAGGCGGAGAGCAGGACGUGGACCAGGUGUCUGGAACAACGACCACCACUGUUCUGAAGGAACUCAAUCCAGAUACGGAAUACACUGUGACAGUGGUGCCUGUCUACCAUGAGAUGGAGGGUCUCUCUAGGUCUCAGAAUGGAAAGACAAAUCCUUUGGGUGGAGUGAAGAACAUGAAGGUCAUCGACCCCACCAUCAACAGUCUGUCUGUUCGCUGGGACCCAGCUGUCGGUAACGUGCGCAACUACAAGGUCUUCUACGUGGCCCAGCCAGAUGGGAGGGAGCAAAUGGAACAAGUCUCAGGGGGCACCACCAACCUUAUCCUGCGUAACCUGGAGUCUGAUACCCAAUACAAUGUGUCUGUUGUCCCAGUCUACCCAGACGUGGAGGGCAUACUGCAGUCUGAGAUGGGAAAGACAAAGCCUCUGGGUGGAGUGAAGAACCUGCAGGUGACUGACCCCACAACCAACUCCCUGAGGGUACGCUGGGAGCCAGCUGAGGGGGACGUGCGCCAGUACACUGUCAUCUACGCCCCGCUAGCAGGAGGACCUGAACUGAAGACUACGGUUUCUGGGAUGUCAACCAACACCGUUCUGAGGAACCUUGUGCCAGACACAGAGUACAAGGUGACAUUGGUGCCUAUGUACGGCGAUAUUGAAGGGAAGAGAAAUUCAGAAAAUGGAAAGACAAAGGCGUUUGGUGGGGUGAAGAACCUGCAGGUCACCGACCCCUCUACUAGCUCCCUCAAGGUGCGCUGGGAGCCAGCGGAAGGCAACGUGCGUCAGUACCGCCUCUUCUACGUCCCUGCCUCUGGCGGAGCCGAGGACAUGGAGCAAGUGUCUGGUGGCACCACCAACACCAUCCUGAGGAACCUUCUCUCAGACACGCUGUACACUGUCACCGUGGUCCCUGUCUACCCCGAGGGAGAGGGCCUGCGCCAGUCAGAGACUGGAAAGACGCUUCCACGAACCCCUCCUAAGAACAUCCAGAUCUACAACCCCACUACCACCAGCCUGAAUGUGCGCUGGGAGCCCGCUUCUGGCCAGGUGCAGCAGUACCGCAUCGUCUACGCACCUCUGUCUGGAGACAGACCCGCUGAGACAGUCCUGGUCCCGGGAAACAUCAACAACGCGUUCCUGGACUCGCUCAUUCCCGACACGCCGUACUCGAUCAGUGUCCUGGCUCUGUAUGCCGAUGGGGAGGGCUCACCAGUGAAGGGAGACGGCAAAACAUUGCCCCGUGUUGGACCUAGGAACCUGCGGGUGUUUGAUGCCACCACCAACACUCUGACCAUCGUUUGGGACCACGCGGAGGGCCCAGUGCAGCAAUACAAGAUUGCCUACGCCCCCACCACAGGAGACCCCAUCACUGAGUUUACGGUUGUUCCUGGCAACCGAAACAAUGCCAUCCUGCAGAACCUGCUUCCUGACACUCCCUACAGCAUAACUGUUGAAGCCAUCUAUGCUGAUGGAUCAGGGCCAUCUCUGAUCGGGCCCGGACGCACAGUCGGCCUGCUGGAGCCCCUGAGCCUGCGCGUCUCAGACGAGUGGUACACCCGCUUCCGUGUGGCCUGGGACCCCUCGCCAUCUCCAGUGCUCGGAUACAAGCUGGUCUACACUCCUGCGGAAGAAGAUCAGAGUAAGAGCUUGGACGUAUUUGUGGGUGACGUGACCUCAUACACCCUCCAGAACCUGCUCCCUGGCACCACCUACGAUGUCAAAGUGUUUGCCCAGUAUGGGGCUGGCAUGAGCGGGGCCCUCGAAGGACAGGGAACAACACUCUACCUGAACGUUACCAACAUCGAGACCUACAACGUUGGCUUCGACAAGUUCUGCAUCAAGUGGAGUCCUCACAGGGCUGCCACUUCCUACAGGAUCAAGCUCAACCCUCUGGACCCCUCCAGUAAAGGUCAGCAGGAGAUCACCAUCACUGCAGCUCAGAGCCAGUACUGCUUCGAGGGUCUCUCCCCGGACGCUCUCUACAGCGCCACCGUGUUCGUUCAGACCCCCAACUUGGAGGGCCCCGGAGUCGGCACCAAGGAGAGAACCUUGGUCAAGCCUACUGAAGCGCCAACACAACCCCCCACUCCUCCACCACCUCCUACCAUCCCCCCUGCAUGGGCAGUGUGCAAAGGUGCCAAGGCAGAUGUGGUGUUCCUUAUCGACGGCUCAUGGAGUAUCGGGGAAGAGAGCUUCCGGAAAGUGGUGCAGUUCGUCUUCAGCAUGAUUGGAGCCUUCGAUGUCAUCGGAUCGACAGGAAUGCAGGUGUCGUUCGUUCAGUACAGCGACGAAGCAAAGACCGAAUUCAGGCUGAACUCUUACUCGGACAAGGGCAGCGGUCUCGCUGCUCUACAACUCAUUCAGUACAGAGGAGGAAACACUAAGACUGGUGUUGCUCUGAAGCAUGUCAAGGAGAAGGUAUUUACGUCCGAAAAUGGAAUGAGGAGGAAUGUCCCCAAGGUUGUGGUAGCUGUCACAGACGGUCGUUCUCAGGAUGAGGUGAAGAAAAACGCUGCCGCACUGCAGCAUGCUGGUUACAGUGUGUUUGUGGUUGGUGUUGCCGAUGUGGAUUAUGCUGAGCUGCAGAACAUUGGGAGCAAGCCAAGCGACAGACACAUCUUCGUUGUGGACGACUUCGACGCCUUUGCAACUAUCCAAGACAACCUUGUGACCUUCAUUUGCGAAACCGCAACAUCAUCUUGUCCCCUGAUCUACCUAAAUGGAUUCACAUCACCUGGCUUCAGGAUGCUGGAGGCGUUCAACCUGACAGAGAAGACCUAUGGCUAUAUCAAGGGAGUGUCUAUGGAACCUGGUUCCUUCAACAGCUACACAGCCUACAGACUCCAUAAGAACUCCUUCCUGACCCAGCCCACCACAGAGAUUCACCCUGACGGACUACCUCACUCCUACACCAUCAUCAUGAUGUUCCGUCUCCUCCCGGACACACCCACUGAGGCCUUCGACAUCUGGCAGGUGUCCACCAAGGACGACAAGCCUGAAGUCGGGGUCACCAUCGAUCCUUCUAGCCAAACUAUAUCGUAUUAUAACAAGGAUACGAGGGGGGAGAUCCAGAGGGUCACUUUCGACAAUGAUCAAGUGAAGAGAAUCUUCCAUGGAAGCUUCCACAAGCUCCACAUCCUUGUUUCCCCCACCAAAGUCAAGCUGAACCUCGACUGCCAAGAGGUGGCGGAAAAGGAGAUUAAGGAAGCUGGAAACACGUCCACGGACGGCUAUCAAGUCCUAGGCAAAAUGUCCAAGUCCAUUGGUUCCAAGGGGAAAAGUGCAACUUUCCAGCUCCAGAUGUUCGAUAUUGUGUGCACCCUGGGCUGGACGAGCAGAGACAGAUGCUGUGACCUUCCAUCUAUGAGAGAGGAGUCCAAGUGCCCGUCCCUCCCCAAAGCCUGCACAUGCACCUCAGAGAGCACAGGACUCCAGGGACCACAGGGGGCAGUGGGCGCACCUGGGAGCAAAGGUCCCCGGGGGGAAAGAGGGGAGACUGGUCCGGCUGGUCCAAUUGGACCGCGUGGAGAUACAGGCUUGCCAGGACCUAUGGGUCUCCCCGGCCCUCAAGGACGCAGUGGGCUGUCUAUUCCAGGAGAAGCUGGCCGACAAGGACCAAAAGGAGAAGCUGGUGAUUCUGGGCUACCUGGACAGAAAGGUCCACCUGGGGUAGCUGGGACCAUCGGCCCAAUUGGACCUGCUGGACCUAGGGGACCCCAAGGAAAGGAGGGGCAGGCCGGAUCCAGAGGCCCAACAGGACCAAUGGGACCUCCCGGAUCUCCUGGAAUGCCUGGUGCUUCAGGAAAACCAGGAAAGUCUGGUGACAGAGGUGUUUCGGGAGCCAAUGGUAUGAAAGGGGACAGAGGAGAGAGAGGUGACUUUGCUCCUCAGAACAUGAUGCGAUCCAUAGCCAGACAAGUGUGCGAGCAGAUAGUUAGCGGACAAAUGAGUCGAGUCAAUUCAAUGCUGAACCAGAUUCCCAGUGGUUACCGUAGCAGCAACAACCCAGGUCCCCCCGGAUCUCCAGGGCCCAGCGGUAACCAGGGUCCCCGUGGAGAGCCCGGACAGACAGGCAGGAACGGAUUCCCAGGAAGUCCUGGACAACCUGGCCCGCAAGGAGAGAGAGGCCCGGCAGGAGAGAAAGGUGAUCAGGGAACACCAGGAGUCGGACAGAGAGGACAAAGAGGACCACCUGGCCCAGCAGGCGAGACACGGACCGGCCCUCCAGGCUCCGCAGGCUCCACCGGGCCCCGCGGUCCUCCUGGGCGCCAAGGGUUCGCAGGUAUUAGGGGCCAACCUGGCACACCUGGCUACUGUGACUCUUCCCAGUGUGUCGGCAUUCCUUACAAUGGACAAGGAUACCGAGGUUCACCAUAGUAAACUUUCUAAAUCGCCUGUGCUGCUUUCACUUUGAAUUCCUGAAAAAAUUCCUCUUACUGAGAUACUUGCUCACGCGCUCUAGAGCUGUUUGAGGAUAACCACCAAAGGAUAACAUUAACAAACUAUGUUGAGAAAGACAAGAACAACAACGUGGACUGGUACUAACAACAUUGUAGAGCAACUAGAACAAACAAGCAUCGGUGAUGGCAACAACGUAGUGGUCUGUUUGCAUCUUGAAGCCAAAGAACGAACAGAGAAACCUAUCGGGUGGAGGACCAUACACAAACAAACAAACAAACAAAAACACUAACCAGGUUGUAUUUUGUAACAGAGAGAAUCAACAACUUCAACAAUAUUAAUAUUGUUACUCUUGAGGUGUUAUCUGUAAAUAAACUAAAUGAUGUUUGAAUCACAUCCACAAAAUGUAGUUUUAACACCUGUAGUUACACUUUUGCCUUGUAACCUGCUGCUUGCUGAAUGCCAACAUGAAUGCCUCCUUUUCUACCACGUCCCCACGGGUGAUGUUUCUGUAGCCUACACACACGCACACCGACUGCUCAGGCUCAUAUUGUACCACGUCCCCACGGGUGAUGUUUCUGUAGCCUACACACACAUACACACCGACUACUCAAGCUCAUAUUGUACCACGUCCCCACGGGUGAUGUUUCUGUAGCCUACACACACACACACACCGACUGCUCAGGCUCAUAUUGUACCACGUCCCCACGGGUGAUUUUUCUGUAGCCUACACACACACGCACACCGACUGCUCAGGCUCAUAUUGUACCACGUCCCCACGGGUGAUGUUUCUGUAGCCUACACACACAUACACACCGACUGCUCAGGCUCAUAUUGUACCACGUCCCCACGGGUGAUGUUUCUGUAGCCUACACACACACCGACUGCUCAGGCUCAUAUUGUACCACGUCCCCACGGGUGAUGUUUCUGUAGCCUACACACACACACACACCGACUGCUCAGGCUCAUAUUGUACCACGUCCCCACGGGUGAUGUUUCUGUAGCCUACACACACACACCGACUGCUCAGGCUCAUAUUGUACCACAUCCCCACGGGUGAUGUUUCUGUAUCCUACACACACAUACACACCGACUGCUCAGGCUCAUAUUGUACCAUGUUCCCCUGGAGGUAGUGUUUCUCUCUACGUACACAGUAAGAGCAUUCUAAGAAUCGUCAUUCAUACAUUUUUCUGGUUCUCAUUUCUUUAUUUUGCUGUAGUAUUAAUGGAUAUUCUACCACUACCAGCUGGUUACCUCUGUUAUGUUAUGAGGAAUAACAUCACAAAAUGUAUGAUUAGGCUGGUGCUAGAAUGACUUGAUUUUUGAUAUUUUGUAAAUGAAUGAGCUGCAGAAAAUGGCAAUGAUGAUUCUGUUAAAUGACUGAACCCACCCACAACCACUCAAGCUGGACUAACAUGGAAAUGCUAACAUCACACAGAUUUAGAAAAUGCACUGAAUUGUUUACAAACCCUUUCUAUCAGUGCCCUUCAAAAUCACAACCUAUCUGUAUAUGGCCACACCCACUCAAUUGUGUCAUUUCACCAGUAUACUGCAUGUCCAAGCCUGAAAAUAAAACAUACUGUAACACAACAGUUUGUGCAUGUUGAGACAUACUCUGCAAAUUACACUCAUGUUCAAUCGGCAUAAAACACUAUUUCCAACCAGAGCCAUAUUCACCUGAGCCUGAAACCUACGUAGUCCCAACACCUGAAGAAGAAGAUGACUCACAAAACGAGCGUUGAGAGAGGUCACUAUCAAGAAAGGAAUCCAAAAGGAUAGCGUCAUAAAAUAGGUUAUUUUUUGUUCUUCUUGUGUUUGUUUUUGUUUUGUUCACAUAUGGUGUCAUUAAGGGCUAUGCACAUUUCACUAAAAAGAGGUUUGAUACCUCAUCUAUUUUUGGAAGUACCUUAAAUCAUAUGUGAAUUCAGAAACAAAAACAAAAUCCUAUACUUUUUCCCAUGACAAUCUGUGAGCUUGCUGUUUUUUCCUAUUGUAUCUUUUGCUUGUAACAUAUCUGCAUUAAGUGUUCAUCGAAUUGCAGUGUUGGACAAUGCAAAUGUUUGUUCACACAGUGUUGGGCAUCCAAUGAAAAACACUUCUCUUUCCAAUCACGGCUCAUUCAAAAUGUCUGAUUAUCAAAUGAUGUUUUAUUCCUAUUUUAUACUUUUGCUCUGUUUUUCACAUGAAAGAUGGCCAUCUGUUCACCAUCUACCUAAAGUUUUCAUCUUCAGUACUGCAGUUUAACAUGGCUUCCAUUUUGUAUCUUUAGACUAAAUGUUUAUCAGUUUUCUUAUAUCAAAUCACAGCUGAUUUUACCAAAGGUUGCAUGUCUGUGGUGUAUAUUUAGUAUGUUUUUUAAUCAGAAUAUAGUUGUUAUCAUUGUUGUUUUAUUAAUAUCGAAUGCAGUUGGAAUUUGUGUGCAAGACUAUGAAUAUGGUAUUGCUGCUUCAUGUUUUAACUUCAAAUUGUGAAUUCCACAGCCUUAUUUUCUUAUUUAUUUCUGAAACAGAAGAGGCAUUUUUCAAUAAAACUACUGAAAAUGUG